AUGUCCGACGCCACCGGAGAUCCGGUCAUGUCCGACGUCUCAGCCGCAGUGGUGCCGGCAACGAGGGCUGUGAAUACCAUCCAAGGCAACGCCGCUGGGACCGCGUCUGGGGUGGCCCCACGCGCUCACCUCGCUGCAUACAAAGUCUGCUAUGUUUACGGCUGCAGAAAUAGCGACAUUCUAGUCGGUAUUGAUGCCGCCAUCGAGGAUGGGGUAGACGUGUUAUCAGUGUCCUUGCUCUCGCGUGAACCAAUGUCAUUGUACACAGACCCUGCAGCGAUAGGCGGUUUUGCGGCAGCCAAGAAAGGAAUCCUCACGAGUGUGGCGGCGGGGAACAAUGGUCCUUCUGCCUCGACGGUGGUCAACGAUGCACCCUGGCUUCUCACUGUCGGAGCAAGCACAAUUGACCGAAGGAUUCGGGCCACGGCAAAGCUGGGAAAUGGAUUGUCUUUUGAUGGGGAGUCUGUGUUCCAGCCCAGAAACUUUUCUUCUCAAAAGAUCUGGCCACUCGUCUACUGCAAAGAGUGCUCCAGUGAGUCGCUGGCAAAGUUCAAUGUCAGGAACAAGAUUGUGCUGUGCGAUGGAGAUUUUAUAACUUGGUCAUCCCGGAAUGUUAAGAAUGCCAGUGGUGUCGCUAUGAUAAUGGCCCACAGCGAAGAUGCCGGGUUUAGCCACGAGUCUUAUCUCGUCGACUUACCAUCCACGGCGGUGUCCUUUUGGGCGGGCCAGGAUAUUAAGACCUACAUAAAUUCUACAUCCUCCCCAAGGGCAACAAUCUUGUUCGAGGGGACAGAGCUUGGUGACCCAUUUUCUCCCACCGUCACCUAUUACUCGUCCAGGGGGCCCAGUACUAAAUUUCCGGGGGUUCUGAAACCGGACAUCAUUGGGCCGGGCGAAAACAUUCUGGCCGGGUGGUCUCCCCUGGACCCAUGGCAAUUGGGGACCACAUUUCAGAUCGUUUCGGGCACAUCUAUGUCAUGUCCUCACCUCAGUGGGGUUGCAGCCCUACUCAAGAGCGCCCACCCCGACUGGUCAGUGGCGGCCCUAAAAUCGGCUAUCAUGACCACUGCGGAUCUCAUCAAUGCCCACGACGUACCGAUUCUCGACGAGAAAUUUAAUCCAGCCAAUAUAUACACUGCUGGUGCCGGCCACGUCAACCUGAAUAGGGCGCUGGAUCCUGGUCUGGUCUACGACAUUGCAAUGGAUGAGUACAUCCCGUUUUUGUGCGGCUUGGGAUACACGGAGGACCAGGUCAAGAUGAUCACGCAGGAGCCAGCCGAUUGCUCGUCCAGAAUCCCUCAGGGCCAGCUCAACUACCCUACGUUGUCGGCUUUUCUCGGCUCGUCCCAGACUUUCUCUCGGACCGUCACCAACAUGGGCGAGCCCGUCUCGUGUUACUCCGUGAGAAUAGUCGAGCCCCUGGGAGUGAAUGUUGUCGUGAGACCAUCGAGGAUGUGUUUCACGAGGUUGAAGCAGAAAGCGACGUACUACGUGACGUUUCGCCGCAGCAAGAAGAUGACCUAUUGGGGGAACAAUGUAUCUGUUGCACAAGGCUUCUUGCUUUGGGAUUCAGGAAAGCAUACUGUGAGGAGUGUUAUAGCAGUCACCUUCUUACCGGACAAGUUGCACUAA